GAGACAUGUCAGAAGAAGCAGUCAGUGAAUCACAGUUUUCUUUGAAGACAGCAACACUAAGAGUGUUUGAAGUUCCUCUGUCUUGGUACUAUUCUCUGUCCCAGAUCAGAUUUUCACCAGGAAUUAAGAAAUUGUUUGUGGUAACUGCAGUGAGUGCUGUAUCUGUAAUUUUUCUGGCCCACCACUUUAGAAGAAGACGAGGGAAGAAAAAGGAAAAAACAUUACCUUGGGAACCAGAGCACCUUUUACUUGAAUACACUAGAAGAGCAGCAUCAGACAAAGGUUCAAGUUGUUCCAGCAGUAGACAAAAUUUGACAUUAUCUUUGAGUUCUGCCAAAGACAAAGGAUCUCAGUCCUGUAACUAUGCUAAUGGAGGACUUUUCAGUAAAUACUCAGGUUCUGCACAAAGUUUGGCCUCUGUCCAGAGUGUCAAUUCAUGUCAUAGCUGUGCUUGUGGCAACUCUAACUCCUGGGACAAAGCCGAUGAAGAUGAUAUUAAACUUGUUAAUAUUCCUGUGACCACUCCUGAGAAUUUAUAUUUGAUGGGUAUGGAGUUGUUUGAGGAGGCAUUACGUCGAUGGGAACAAGCUCUAACUUUUCGCAAUAGACAGGUUGAAGAUGAAGCAAGUUGUGGUUCUAUAAAACUGGGUGCAGGAGAUGCCAUUGCUGAAGAAAAUGUCGAUGAUAUUAUUAGUACUGAAUUUAUCCAUAAACUAGAGGCUCUGCUACAAAGAGCAUAUCGUCUUCAAGAGGAAUUUGAGGCCACCCUUGGGACGUCUGAUCCUAAUUCACUGGCAAAUGAUACUGAUAAAGAUACUGAUAUCACUGUGAAAGGGACUAUGGAUGACUUUGGCCUGCGAGACAGUUUGAGCAUUGCAUCAACGGAUUCAUUUUCUUCAGCUGCAGAGCUUUCAGAGCACAGGGAAGUACGGCAUACCUACAGCCUAGAGUCUCUUUGCCAGUGCCCUUUUUAUGAAGAAGCCAUGCAUUUAGUAGAAGAAGGAAAAAUUUACUCAAGAGUACUUAGAACUGAAAUGUUGGAGUGCCUCGGAGACAGUGAUUUUCUUGCCAAACUUCACUGUAUUCGACAGGCUUUUCAGGUUAUUCUUUCAGAAACAGCAAACAGGAUGUUUCUUGCUGAGAGUGGAAGGAAAAUUUUAUCAGCUUUAAUUGUGAAAGCACGGAAGAAUCCAAAGAAGUUUGAGGAUGUUUUUGAUGAAAUGAUCUAUUUUUUAGAGCAAACUGACCAUUGGGGUAGUACUGAAAUGGAACUUGCUGCUAGAGGGGUGAAAAAUCUAAAUUUUUAUGAUGUUGUUCUGGAUUUUAUAUUAAUGGACUCCUUUGAAGAUUUAGAAAAUCCACCCACGGCCAUACAGAAUGUAGUGAAUAACCGCUGGCUAAACCCUUCCUUCAAAGAAACUGCCGUGGCAUCGAGUUGCUGGUCAGUACUGAAACAGAAGAGGCAGCAGAUGAAGAUCCCAGAUGGGUUUUUUGCCCAUUUUUAUGCGAUAUGUGAGCAUAUUAGCCCUGUGCUAGCCUGGGGCUUUUUGGGGCCUAGGAAUUCUCUUUAUGAUUUAUGUUGCUUCUUUAAGAAUCAAGUUGUUUUCUUUCUCAAAGAUAUUUUUGAUUUUGAGAAGGUACGCUAUUCAAGUAUAGAGACUUUGGCGGAAGACCUCAUGCAGUUACUCAUUCGUCGCACGGAACUUUUAAUGGCCUAUCUUGGAGCAGAUGCACUGAGGCAUGCGGGUAGCUGCAUAAGUAGUCAUGGUCAUGUUAUGGCAAGUGGGCUAGUAGAAGCCAAAGUACAAUAAGUCCUAUAAUAAUCAUACUACUUGAGUGGGUUAUGAAAGAGUUUAACUAUUGAUUUUGUAUAGUACCAAAAUCAACAGAUUGGUGAAUAUGGACUCAGGGAAGGUAAAAAAAGAAAAAUCUAAUAGAGAAUGAAUCUUGUACUUCUAUAAAGUUCUGUCAGUGAAUCCUUGUGGAAUAUAUCCAAAGUGGUUUUUUUAUAAUCCUUAGGUAACAAUUCAAGUUGUGAAAUGUGUAUUUCCCAGAAAUACUGCUUGAAUUGAAGCCAGUUUUAGCAGCUAAUUGAUUUGUCGUUUUGAAGCUGUCUGAAAUGUCCAAUAUUAUUUUUAGAAGCUUUGCUUUUAUGCUUUGUGCCUAGAAAAAUAUACACUUUAGCCUAGACUUUUGUGGCUUUCAUAUAUGAAAUUAUAUUAUUCCUAGUGUCAACAUAUUUAACUUUGCUUGAAAAUGUAUUUUUUAUUGUAAAGUUACUCAUUUGUAACAAACUUUAGACAGAAUAGUGUGUUUAAUAUGUAAUGCUUAUUAUAUUGCUUGUACAUUUGCCAAUGUAAUUGAAUCAAAGAAAUUGUAAUAGCUGAGUAUCAUUAU